ACCGUUCGUUAAGGGUAAUAAAAACUUGAAUCGGUCAAACGAAGUAUUGCGAAUGAAUUUUUCAUGGCGAAAACAGCAAAACUCUUUCAACCUACAAUAAGCAGCAAAUGGUGAAUUGCUGGUGGCAUGAGCAUAGUGCGACUUAACGCGAAGAACCAUCGGAAUGAGGCGGAAGUGCAACGCGCAGGGGCGGAAAAGAGAUGGUCGGCGAGAGGGUGGUAGUGACGUACAAAUGACUAGCGUCGAGAUGUCGGAUGGGCGAGAACGGAAAGAAGGAAGGGAGGAAGCACAAGCUUCGAGUUGGUAGUUGCGAGUGGCGGCGAGUAACGAGAGGGAAGAGAAGCGCCGAAGCGGGCUCCGCUCACACCAGUGAGCUCAGUGAGCUCAGUGCGCGCGGUGCCGCCGUGCUGUGAGGUUCAGUUUAGUAAUUGAUUAGUCGGAUAGGCCUGAGAAGAGAGUUCGGGCCGCGAAUAAAAUGAGAUCGAUAAGUAACUGGGAUAGAUUUAGCAAGAAAUGGACAAAAACUAACGGUCGUUAGGUAGUAUCAAAGUUUUCAAACUAAGGGUUCAAUUCAAUUUUUUCAUGUGAAACGUCAGAUACAAAGGUGUCAUCAUCAUCGCCCUUUUUUUUUACGACUACCACCAGUGACGAAAAUUCUAAAGUGUUUGUCUGUGUGCGUCCAUUCUAUCCUUUAGAAGAAACCAAAUGAAAUUCACUUAACGAAAACGAAGAAAUAUUAAACAAGUAACUAAUAAAUAAUCGAAAACCUAAGAAGCGAAACCAAGUUACCCGCGCUGUUCACGAUAAUUGUGUUCAAUCGUGAGAGUCGUAAAACAGUUUUCACGUUACAUUAAUAAAUAAUAGUGAAUUUAGCGAGUAUCGUCAGACCUGCGAGUUGAAACGCAAAAAAAAAAAAAAAAAACUUAAAAAAAAUCUCACAUCAGUAAGAAGGUAAUUCUUUUUUCCUAUCAAUAAUAUGUACAUCAAGACUGAAUACCGCUGCGGUGUAGUUCGAUUUAAUUUUGUUGUACGCUCGAAUCAUUCUUCGAUUAACAAUUUGGACAUAUCUCGUUCAUUAUCUUCGUCGAACUGCGAGCAAGAAAAUAAUAAUCGUGUGUAAAAGUCUUUCGAAAAUAAGGCGCUGAACGAAAAUCAACCCUUAAACUUUCCAACCGCUGCGAUGGCGAGCCUAUCGUAUACUUAACGCUGCAGUAGCAAUGUUAACAUGUGAAUAUAUAUGAUAAUUAUCAUUUGAAAUUAUUCAAACAGACACAUCGAUACACUGCCUCGUCUAAUAGUUACAACAUUACAGAGUUAAUUUCGUACACUGUCGAGAGUCUUUUCCUUCCCUUGAAUUACAAAUGUGACGCGAGUGUUCCGUUCUGUAAUAAAAAGGAGAAAAGAAAAAAGGAGCUUAUCGUGAAAGUAUACACAAUAAAUAUCUGUACAACUGACGAAGCGAAUUAACGCAAUUUCAUGCCGUUUACAUAAAAAAUAUGGAUUCUAUGAUCACUGUGUAAAAUUUAAAUCUGUAUAUUUCUAUUGUUUAUAAACUUUAAGAAUCUAGUAACAGAUGUUUAAUCAUUCCUCUGAACAUUCGAAAAAACUGAAAACGGAUAGAAAAAAGUAAUGAUAAAAAUUCACGAUCGAAAAUUAUAAAUCACUAAUUCAAAAAUGCUUGCGAGGACGAUGCACGCUAAAAUACGGAUGCAAUAGCAAUCGAUAUUGUAACUAAAUAAUUCUAAUGAACCAGUAAAGUGUUGAAGCAAAAAAAAAAAACCGGUGGGUGUAAGAGGAGUGAUAAGGAGAAGAGUAAAAAAUAUAUAUAUAUAUAUAUAUAGAAAAGGGGCUUGCGAUCUACGCAGCCAUCAAGGGAGCAUCGCGGCCGGGAAGAUGGCGGCACGGUAAGACCGGAAGUGGUUAGUUGAGCGUAAAGCAGGUAAAAAAAAAAAUUAAAUAAAUUAAUAAAUAAACAAAUAACUAGAUAAGAAUAAAAAAAAAAGAGAGGAAGGUCGAAAUAAGAGGAGUCGCACCCUUGAACCGCCUGCAACAGUAGCGAGGAGAUUAACAAGAUCGACGUCCAUCCCCGGUCGUCCCUUCGAUAAAUAUAUCAACGACCCAACGAAUAUAUUAUGUCAAGGGAUCCCUACUCCAGCGGAAGCGGCGUAGUUGGUCCGGGGGGAGGUACGAGGUCCCCCAGGAGCGGGAGGAGGGUUGGUGAAUUACCUACCGUAGACAGAAGUCCUUCGCGUAACUAUGCAAGCGGUCGAGGAAGUCCCUUGGGAAGAAAACGAGCUACUAGAAGUGGAAACAAUUCACCGGAACACCUGGGAUACGGUAGUUAUCACCAUCAUCAGUUAGGAAGCCCUUAUUAUUCCAGAGACGAAGAUCUCGGCAGUCCAGUCAUGCUGGAGGAAAGAGUUAGGAGUAUGUCAACCGGGGGAGGUGGUCACAGAUCUCGAAGCGUCACGAGACCCGCGAUGUCCGUUUCGACCGGUAGGUAUACCAGCCUCGAUCGAGCAUCGACGGGAAUGUUGGACCACGAUAGAGAAUUUGUACCGAUAAGAGAUCCCCGCGACCGAAGUAGGGACAGGGGUUUGUAUCUGGACGAUGAAUUGUACGGACCAAGGUCGGCUCGACAGAGUCCAAAUCCUCAUUUGAUGCGAGAUGGUGGGAGUUACAUCGGGGAAUUGCAGCAUCAAAACAACGACCUACAAAGAGAGCUUGGAAACCUCAAGAAGGAACUUGAACUCACUAACCAAAAACUUGGGAGUUCUAUGCACAGCAUCAAGACCUUUUGGAGUCCGGAACUCAAGAAGGAGAGGGCCCUACGAAAGGAGGAGAGUACCAAGUACAGCCUCAUCAAUGAACAGCUCAAGCUACUCAACUCCGAGAAUCAGAAACAAAGCAUGAUGGUGCGUCACCUAGAGGAAGAACUACGUCUACGGAUACGAGAACCUAGUGUGGAAAUGCAGCAGCAAAUGGAAGUACUUUACAACGAAAAUGAGCACUUGACUCGUGAGAUUGUCAUACUUCGCGACACCAUUAAGGAGUUGGAAUUGAGGAUAGACACCCAAAAGCAAACGCUCCAGGCGAGGGAUGAAAGUAUCAAAAAGCUCCUGGAGAUGCUCCAAAACAAAGGAAUGGGUGGUAAGAUGAUAGCGACCCUCGCGGGAAUUUCGCCCACAUCCGCCCUUUCGUCACUCACCCCGACAUCUCAACAAAACAAAAAAUUGCCACCCAGAGAACUGCGAGCGCAGUCCCUUCCACGGAGGACUGACCAGGAGCUCAAAGCGACGAACGAGACGCUGAAGAGCCUCCAGACCCAGUUGGAACUCGCCUAUGCCAGUACAGCGUCAUCGGGAGCUCCGGUUGCUGGUAUAACCUCGUCCGGUACCGGAAAUGCGAUGACAGGAACGAUUCUUGGCGGUAGCGUUGCCGUCCCAGGGGGUGUUCCUGGAAGUACAACGUUGACAGCUAUUCUAGAGACAAAGGAUGCGCGUAUUCAAACACUCGAGAAAGAGAUAGGAUUGUUGGAAGGUGAAUUGCAAAGGAUCAGAGAAUGCGGUGGAAAAUUACGAGAACAACUGUUGAGAGCGACCGCGGUACCUGGUGGGAUUUCGUCGGUUACGAAUAAUAAUCACACUUCAGGUCUGAGUUCCUGUCUGGCAGGAAUAUCGGCCGGCGUUACAACCGGCGUGUCAAAUCCUUACACCGAAAGAUACGCCGCCACUAAUGACCCCAAACACCACAUAUCCGCCGUACAAUUACAUCAUCCAUCUUCUCAUCAACAUCAACAUCAACACCAACACCAGCAUCAUCAUCACAAUAAACAAAUCGAGUCAUCGGCCGCUGCAGCUGCCGGUGCUUUGGCUCUUCAUGCUCAUACAUUCAACAAACACGACAUGAACUUCAAACGACAACUGGACGAAUUCCGAGCAGAAGUACAACGCAGAGAUCAGGAGAUUCUUGGAAUGUCAGCGAAGAUGAAGACCCUAGAAGAACAGCAUCAAGACUAUCAAAGGCAUAUCGCUGUUCUCAAGGAAUCUUUAUGCGCGAAGGAAGAACACUAUAACAUGCUACAAGCUGACGUGGAAGAAAUGCGACAGCGACUCGAAGAAAAAAAUAGACUCAUCGAGAAAAAGACCCAAGCUGCUAUGGAUGCUCAACAGGAUCGCAAUCGGAUGAAUACCGAACUUAUAGAGCUGAAAGAUCACAUGGAUAUCAAGGAUCGCAAGAUCAAUGUACUCCAGCGUAAGAUUGAGAAUCUUGAGGACCUUCUCAAAGAGAAGGAUAACCAGGUUGACAUGGCCAGGGCUCGCUUGACUGCGAUGCAAGCUCACCAUUGCAGCAGUGAAGGAGCUUUAAGCAGUUUGGAAGAAGCAAUCGGUGAUAAAGAAAAGCAAAUGACACAGCUCCGUGAACAGCGAGACCGUGCAGAACAAGAGAAACAGGAGGAGAGAGAACUCCAUGAAAGAGAACUUGCAGAAUACAAAAUGAAACUUCAUGCCUUAGAAUCAGAGGUCGAAAAACUUGGUGCUCGUCUGGAGCGGGCUCAGGCUGAAAAAGAUCGUUUGGAAACUAAACUAGAGAGUUCUCAGUCUGAAUUAGGGAAAAGCAAAGCUGAGCUUGACAAGGCAGCAUCCGAAGUGGGUCGCAGUGGUGCCGACUGGGAAGCAGCUAAGCAACGUCUGACUCGUCUAGAGUUGGAAAAUGAAAGAUUAAGACACGACCUGGAAAGAUCUCAAACGACUUUUGGCAGAAGCACAUUGAACUCGUCUCAAGAAAUGGACAGAAUUCAAGAGCGUGCAGAAAAAUCUUCCGCAGAACUACGAAGGGCGCAGGCUGAACUCAGAGUAACUCAAGCGGACAACGAACGAGCCAGAGCUGAAGCCACUGCUCUUCAAGAAAAGGUUGAGAAGAGUCAAGGCGAAGUUUAUCGACUGAAAGCACGCUUGGAGAAUGCUCAAGGCGAGCAGGAAAGUUUACGUGAAGAAUACGACCGAGCUCAAGCUUCCGUAGCGCGUCUUCAUUCAGAGCGUGAUAAGGCCGUUGGCGAGUUAGAAAAAGCUCGAGAAGAAUUAGAACGCACCCAAGCAACUUUGGGUAAGGCCCAAUUGACACAAGAUAAAGUACAGAAUUUGCUUGAUAAAGCUCAAAGUGAAGUCGACAAACUUCAAGAACGACUAGAUAAGUCACAGGGAGAAGUGCGCAGAAUGCAACUAGAGAAGGAAAAGCAAAACUACGAUUUCGAAAACGUGCAGAGUCAACUGGACAAGGCUCUUGGUCAGUCAGCUAGAAUGCAGAAGGAACGCGAAGCUAUACAAUUAGAGGUUGAUCGUCUGCAUGAUAAAUAUGAAAAGGCCCAGAUGGUAAUGCAACGUCUACAGAAAGAAAGAGAUAACUUCCAGGAAGAAAUGGAAAAACUUCACGAAAGAUUGGAAUUCCAACAAACUCAACAAGUAAAAUUACAGCGUGAAAAAGAAAAUGUUCUAUCAGAGCUUGACUUGAUUAAAGAACGAUGGGAAAAGGCGCAUGCUUUACACCAAAAACUUACUCUUGAACGAGACGACGCGCUUACUGAGAUAGAGAUUCUUAAAGACAAAUUUGAAAAGGCUCAGUAUGGAGCCAGUAAAGCUUAUGAGGAACGAGAAAAUGCCAGCAAAGAAUUUGAAAAAAUGCGCGAAAAAUACGACAGGGCCCAAAGUGAAGUAUAUCGUCUGCAAAAUAAGAUCGAUGUUAUGGAGGCAGACAAAGAUCAUUUGGAGCUAGAGGUCGAAAAGCAACAAACUUUGGCUACCAAAGGUCGUGAGGAAGCACGUAAAGCGCAGGAGGAACUGGCCCGUGUUCAAGAAAUGUACGACCGAGCUGCCCUUCAACUGGGUCGCACUAAAGAACAUGAAGAAAAGUCAAAGGAAGAUUUAGACAGACUAACAGUAGAUCUAGAGAUGGUUCGCGAGCGUUAUGAAAAGUCUCAAAUCGAGCUUAGGCGUCACCAAAAUGAACGAGAGAAGUUAGUUGCAGACAACGAACGAGUAGCGUUUGAACUAGAAAGGGCUCAUUCACAACUAGCUAAAGCACAGGCUGCAACUGAAAAGACUCAGGAAGAACUAGCUCGAAUGCAGCUUGAAAUUGAAAAAAUGUAUGAAAAACACGACAGGCAACAGGCAGAAGUCAGGAAAGCUCAGGCUGAAGCAGAGCGGCUACGUAGUGAGGCAGAGGCGGCCAGGGAGGAGUCGGAAAGGUAUGCUGCAAGGUUUGGUAAAUAUCAAGAAAAUCAAGAACGUCAAAAAGAAGAUCAUGAACGAGCGAAGCUGGAGGUUGAGAGGCUGAGGGAUCGUUUGGACAAGACGCUACUUGAGUUGGAGAGGGCAAGAAAGGCUGAACAGGACGCUUCACGGCUCCGUGCGGAUUUGGAACGUGCUGAAGGUGUACGAGGUAAAUACCAGUUCGAGCAGGAAAAAUGGCAAACUGAAGGUAGUAGGCUACAGCAGGACGUAGAGAAAUUGCGCGAAAGACUAGAGGGCCGGGAAGCCGAGAUAAAGAGGUCGCAAUCCGUUAUUGAACAAUUGGAAGCAAAACUUCAUGAAACCCAAUUACAGUUAGAACGUUCCAGAGAUGAAGCUGCGAAAGUAACAGCAGCACAAGAAAAGAAUCGUGCUGAAAUGGAGCGAGCUAAAAUUGAGACUGAAAAAAUACGUGAUAGGCACGAUAAACUUAAAGCCAAAGCUGAUGCUCUUGAGGCGGACAAUGAAAAAUUACGGGUAGAAAUUGUUAGAUUAGAAAGGCUUAUGCAAACCGAAGGGAAGUCAAGAUCAGAGAGCGCGAGUAUAGAAGUAGAACGUCUUCGGGCCAGUCUGGAUAAAGCAAUUGUGGCCCGAGAUCAGGUUGAACUUGAAGCAGGCCGAUUAGCGAAAGAACUGGAAAAGUCUCAAAUGCACUUAGCCAAGUAUCAAGAAAAUAACGAGGCGAGCAAAAAAGAACUCGAUAGAUUGAGUGCAGAAUUAACACGACUACAUGAAGAAAGAGAAGCUUUGAGACAAGAUCUUCGUAGAGGUCAACACCAACAGCAACAAGCUGGUGCCGAAGAACUAUCAAGAAUCCAGCACGAAUUACAACAAGUGCAGAGGGAACGGGACAAGAUGGCAGCAAUUUUGGAAAAUAGAGAAAAACAUUCUGAGAAAAUCGAGAAAAUCAAAGAAAAGUUGGAAGCAGAGGCCAAGCAAUUGCAGGUUGAAAGAGAUCAGUUGGUAAUUCAACUAGAAAAAUCCCAAGACAUGUUAAUGAACUUCCAACAAGAAUUGAAUACAAGCGAAGCUGAACUCACAGAACUUAGGAGGCUUCAUCAGCUGCAACAACAACGUGCUCAUUCUCAAACACCAGACAAGGCUGCCAAAGAGGCUUUGGAUAGUCAAAUGCGAGAAGUUCAGCGACUCACGCAACAAGUUCAAAACUUGGGUCAAACACAAGCGAAAGAAAAACAACGAGCUGAUCAAGCUGAAAAGCGUGCUCAGGAACUUCAGAAACAAUUAGUUGCAAGAGGAGGAGAAUCAGAGGCUCAGCUAGAGCAAUGGCGCAAGUUAGUAGAUACAGAAAAACACAGAGCGGACAAUGCAGAACGGACAGCUUCUGAGCUACAGAAACGUGUUCAAGGUAUGGAGAGGCAGAUUCAUGCACAGCAACAGCAAAUCCAACAGAUGCAAGCCAGUUUGCAACAGGCUUCUGUCGUACAAGCUCAAACAGCGCAACAGAAUCAACAAAAUCAGCAAUCCGGACAAGAGGCUGACCGACUGCGGAAGGAACUUGAACGUGCUAAAGAAGAAACGAAACAAGCAAACGCAGAACGGGAACUUUUCCAGACUCAACUAGAGAUGCUUUGUCAACAGCUGAAACAAAACCAGGUGGAUUUGCACGAGGCGAACAAGAAACUCCAAGCUGGCGCAGCGAAAGCUGGCGCCGACUUUAGUCAGGAUCGUAAACAUUUGGAUGAACAGAAGAGGCAGAUAGAUGAACAACGGAAACAACUAGAAGACCGUAUCAAAGCCAUAGAUCAGAAGAGUAGAAGCGUAGAAGAAAAAGAGAAGGCACUCCAAAACCUUGACCAAGAUCUCAAAAAGCGUAAAGCAAAAAUGGACCAAUUGGAGCAACAAUUGCAAAGGAGUGGUGGGUCUCCUGAUAAACGGGUUGCAGAACUGCAAAAGAUUCUUGAAAAAACUGAAAAAGAUUUGGAAAAAGCUAAGGAGGACUCUGGGCGCAGUGCCACUGAGAUGGAAAGGCUGUUACAGCUUGUUCAGAUGUCCCAAGAGGAACAAAAUUCAAAGGAGAAGCAAAUCAGGGAUCUACAAGAAGCACUAAGAGUCGCACAAGCAAAAGCAAAACAAGCCGCAAGUGCACAGCAACAAGAGGUGCAAAGCAUGAAGAUUCGUGAUAAGCUUGCUUCCAAGUCAUCGUUAAAUUAUCCCAAUAACGAAGAGUCAACUAACUGGAAGCUAGAUAUUGAUGAGAAAAAUGGCCGAAUCAUGGAAUUGGAGCGUGAAGUGAUGGAGUUAGAAAAUUUUUUAAAGGAUCACUCAGAUACCAGCGGUAUAAAAGAAUUAAAACUUCAAAUCGAACGUCGAAAUAAUCGUAUCGAAGAAUUAGAAGAAGCCAUUACUGAGUUUGAAGAUUUUCUAAAGCACAAUCCCGACGUUAAAGAUCUUCAUGAUUUGAAGCAGGAGAUAAAUAAUAAAAACCACAGAAUUCAAGAGCUCGAAAAUCGCGUACAUAAGAAUGAAGACAAGGACCUACGAGUAAAUAAGGCCAGAAUAAUGGAAUUAGAAGAAAUGGUUACACAUUUGGAAGACUAUGUCAAACAACAUAACGUAGAUGUUCUGAAACAAAAACUGAAAGAUCGAGAAGACAGGAUAGAACAAUUGCAACUACUCAUCAAUUCUCUGGAAAAACAGCUUUUGUGUUCUGAAGAAAUUAGUCGAGGUCAAAAUAUUCAUGGAAAAGAAUACGAUGUGAGGGACAAUCGAAUAAUGGAACUCAAAAGAGAAAUAUCUGAAAAGGAUGAAAAUGUUUCCAAAACAGAAGAAGAUAAUUUACAACUUCCAGAGACUGCUAAGUGUUACAAAUGUGAUAAUUUAGUAGAAAUGAAAAAGAAAAUCUCAGAAAUGGAACUCAUAAUUUCCACAAAGGACAACAACAUCCAAGAGUAUGAAGAGGAAAUUGUUCAAUGGCAAGAUAAGCUCUCCCGGCUCCAAAAACAGAUGGCUGAAUUGGAAAGAGAACUUGGCGAAUAUGAAGCUGAAGAUAUAGGAGUACUAAAGGAGGAAAUCAAAGUUAGGGAUGAGAGGAUUGGGCAGUUGGAAGAUGAAAUUGAUUCUUUGGAACGAGCGUUUGGUGAGCAAAUGGAUUUGGAACAAAUCGAAGAACUAGUCAAUGUCGUUCGACAAAAAGAAGAAAAUGAAAAACAUCUAAAUCAACUGAUGAGCGCAAAACAAGACAAGAUUGAAGAAUUGAGCACAGCACUUCGAGAAAGUGUAAUCAUAGCCAGUGAUGGGGAACGAAAAUUGAAGCACGAGGAAAUGCAAAAGCGAACAUGCAUGCAACGAAUUGAAAAACUGGAACAACGAUUAGCAUCUCUCCAAACAUCUGUCGCUGUGAAAUGUCCUACUUGUAAACCACUUUUAUCAAAAUUACAAAGAUCCGAAAAAAAGCUUCACAAUCUUACAGAGGAAAGGACGACGCAGUUGGAAGAAUUGCACAAUAUGAAAAGAGAAGCCUUGGAAGCUGCAGUAUCAGAAAAAGAUGCACACUUAGCACUACUAGAAUUAUCCGGCAUCAAAACAGAGAAACAAGCUGAACAGGCAGAUAAUUUGAGAGCGGAUAGAACGAGAUUGUUAGAAAAACUGAAGGAAGAGAAUGAACGAAGUAUAGCACUAUCGAUCGAGUCGUCCAGUCCGAACACAACGCCAUUCUUGACAGACAUUCUUGACCUAUCGAACAGCGAGGAUGAUGAGCAAUGUCAACAACACAUUGCUCUGGGAGGCUUAAAGCAGAAAACAAAUGGAAAUACAAAUGAUCAUAGAGUCGGAGUCGAGCAGGGAGCUCAGGCAAUAACUACCCUUAAAUGACAUAGAACAGAUAAGUACCACCUGCGUACUGUUUCUCUAACGUUCCUUUGAUGUUGUCAUGUGCACAGUUCUAGAACAUCUAGCGUAGAACUUUUACCUCUAUGUGUCAUCAUGCAACAUUAUUCAUUAAACACCUGCAUCUACAUCUACAUCUACAUUCUUCACUUCAUCAAUCACAUCAACUGUCAGCCAUCUUCAUCUUCAUAUCAUCACGGACGGUCCGAGAAACUGACUAUUAUGAACGAGUUGAAGUAAAAAUGUCGAAUAAAAUUAAUACACAAUUUAUGACAUAAUAUACUGAAAAUCAAAGUACCUAAUAAAGUACAGUGUUAUUCUCAUGCUAAGUGUUUUGCAUUGCAAGAAAAAACAAUAUCCACGAUAAAAUCGUUUUAAAACAUUGUGUAAUUUUACGUUACUAAAAGACAUUAUUAAAGUUCUGACAUAAAAGUCUGUAACAUAAAGAUAUCCGUACCAUAAAAAAUGAUUAGGAGACAACUGAAAAAAUUCAAACUUUAUGGGUAAUAAGUGAUAUGCUUCUUUGCAAAACUAUAUCCAGUGUACUUCAUUCCGUGGUACACUAUUAAUUAAUUUUUAUACGCUACCAAAAAAAGGACCUCAGGCAGGAUAAUAAUACUUCGAUCGUAUGGAUGGAAUUAUUAUUAUUCAUUACGUCAUAUGCAGAUCAGUAUUGAUUACUCAAACGAAGGAUUCUUAAAAGCCUUCUAUAAUAACCUACAUUAAUCCAUAAUUCGGUCUAGUCAUGAAACCAAUAUUAUAGUGUGAUGUCCCUGUUAUAAAGGGUCGUGCUUUGCACCAGAUGCACAAAUUAGUUUAUAAUGCAGAUAGUAGUUGAUUGAAUGUAAAUUUUUGAUUUAUUGAACUGUAAAAAAAAAGAUUACAUCAAGCCAAAUUAUGUGCGCAACGUAUAAUAAAUCCAUUGUAUUAUAUCCCAUACAUAGAUCAAUGAAUAAUACAUUAAUUUAAACAGAUUAGUUUCUUCCCUCAAAACUAUAAGAUAUAUUCAUAAUCCUCAUAGUUAUUUGAUGAUAUGUAUUAAGACGGAAUGAUUCAGUACAGAUGACUCUUCAUAUUUACAAAUGAGCUCGGUGCUCGCUACAUGUUACAUUGAUUUGUUUCAUUUUCAUUACUUCAUUCGAAUCAAAAAUCUGUGAAGUAGGCAGGAUCAAAAAGGCAUGACUUGCUUCCACGAUGAAAACUUAAUUUUACAGUUAUUUUUUAAAAUCUCAUAAGUUACUUGCUUAAUUUUUUUCUUCUUAUUUUUUUACUUUUUGUACAGAUAACUCUAGAGCUUUUUGACAUUGUAAUAUUGGUUUACAAUCAUUAACGAUAAUAGUAUUUGAUAAUUUAACUACCACUGACAUUGUUAUUAUUAGGAGUUGAGUAAUUCGCCCAAUAGAGUGAAAUAAAAUCUUCUAUUUAAGCCGUCUGUUACCGGAAAUCACCUGCAAUCAGCGUGAUACCAAUCAGCUCAUUCUUCUUCGUGUAUACGCAGAAUGAGAGAAAAAGUAAAACUAGUAAUCAGUUGAAUUGUAUUUUUUGGAUUUCUUGUCACGGGUCCAAAACUCCUUAGACGUUGAAUACUACCAUAUAUAAUAUGAACUCUAAAUAUGAUAUAAGCAAUAUUCUUUAAUUCUUUUGGAGCACCGCAAAAAAGGAUUAAAUUAAAAAAAAAAAAAAAAAAAAAAAACAUACUAAAUAAAAAAGGGAAUAAAGAAGAAUUGAAAUCGGACGAAGGUGCUGAAUCGUUUUAAGAUGACAAUAAUAACUGUUCGUACGCAUCUGACACAUGUCAUAAAUGCUCGGGUAAUAAAUAUGAAGGAGUCUAGAAACAAUUAUAAAAUAUCGAGUGAAAACGAAUAAUAAAUGGUCUAAGAGAUUGACGAUGAUAAAAACAUGAAGAUGAGUUUUCCCAAGAAGGAAAUAAUUUAAUGAGCUUCGUUAUUUCUUCAUACCGGUCGGACUUGGUUUAUAAAAUUGCAGUAAAACAGAGGAAUUACCCGAAGCGCUACCUAUUGUAAAUAAUUCUUCUGUCCUCAAAUAUUCUAACGUCUAUGAAGAAUCUUCUGAACCCUUAUAACUACAAAUUUGGAAGUCUAUUCUAUAAAUAUUUAGCUUAAUAUAGGCAAUUAUAAUCAAUAAUGUUAAUGAAUAUAAAUUCUAUGUAGUAAAGAUUAGUCACAACAUGAAUUGAAACAUCAAACCACAUGAACGAGGAUGCGUGCUGUAUUAAUUAAUGAUUCUCAUGCACCGCAGGAAACAUAUUCGGUUUAAUUAUGCCAUUUGGCAGAUUGAAAAAAAAAAUGCUAUCAAACAAAACCCCAUCAGAGGUCAUAAUUGAAAUGUUAUUAGCAGAAAUAAAUACAGUCUAAAUCAUGUUACACUCAAAAUAGCUAAAUAGUUAACCAUUUACCAAUCAUUGAAAAUUUGUUCCAGACUCACAACAUAAUUAGAGACAGUGGUUUCAAAAUUUUUGUAAUUGCAAAAUAAUAAAACGAUGCGCAUGCUGUAUGAUUAACUUCCAUGUAACUUCAUCUCUAUCGCAGGAACAAUAUUCGACAUCAUUUUAAUGUUGAUAUGUUGCAUUAUAGUUUUAAUGAUGUUGUGAUCCGGAUCAAUAUAUUGAAUUACAACAAUCGUUCAUGGCAUAUUUGCACUAACGAAUUAAAUCCAAUUCUUCAGAUUAACGUUUUUUCAUUCGAUCAUAGUCCACAAGCACUUCAAAGCUAGACGAACACCUGUCCCUGAAUUUAUACGGAAACUCUACGCCUAUUUGUUUUUAAAUAAUGAAGUUUAAAAGAGUUUUUCCUUACAAAAUAGGAAGGAAUAUUCUGAUAAAUUUAUUCUCGAUAUUUCCUAUUCCAUGCCACAAAAUUUGUAGCAGUAAAGAUAUAAGUUUAAUUAGUGGAUUUGUUGAAAUAUAUGUAAUGAUGUUAUGGAUGUUAUCUAAGUUGCGACUAUGCCAUCGACCUAAUUGUAAGUUACAGAUUUAUAAGAAUUUAUCGUAUUAUAAUCUUGCCUUGAUUGUCACGUCAGUAUACAAAUAUAAUAUAGCUAUAGCCAAAGACGAAAACCAGAAAAUUAAAGAAUUAACUUUUAAGCUAUACGUGAAAAGCAAAGGAUAUUAUAAAAAUUAUUAGUAAGACGUUGUAUAAAAUUUAGUCUAUGUGCCAUCAUAUCAAGCCUAUAUCAUCAUGUUACAUCAUAUUUAAACAGUAAUAAAAGUUAUCAUUAACUAUAUGCUAACGUAUCUAUAAUCAAUUAGGCAUGACUGUCGAUCAUGUGUUCAUUACUGUUUUGCCUUUUUGUGAUUAUUUGUUAGGAAGACAGAAAGAUUGAACGAAAUUAAACACAGAACUUUGAUGCUACAAAACAUGUUUGAAACUUUGAAGUACCCAUUAAUAGUCGGGCAAAAUCUAUUGCAUUAUCUGCUCGAUAAGCAGCGAUAGUUUGCGUCCGACUGACUAAAAAUUCGCAAUGAACUUACUAGCUGAAUAAGUCAAGUCUUGGAAUAUAUAAAAUAAAAAAUUAUCUAUCGCUUCACGUGGCAGAAAAAGUAAUAUGAAGAAAAUCAUUAAUGGUCAUACCAGUAUAAGUGCAUUGAAUCUCUAUCCCCUCCUCAUUUGUUAACUUUGGAUCACCUACAUGCAGUUUGAAAACCGUUAUUAUUAAUGCCAAGUGGCUAGAACUCGAUCUACCUUGUUGACAGAAUCAUCGUAAUUGUUUAACUACGAGUUGAAUUUUUAAUGUUUAUCGUUCAUAUGAAAUAUUUAGCUUAAAACAGAGCUUUCAGUUCAUUGCACCUUGUAAAUUAUUUCUGAAAAGUCUUCAAUCCACGCGAGAAAGAAGAAUUUUUGUGAACUAGCUAUUGAUUCUCUCCGCGUACUUGUUAAAUAUUGAUCAUUAUCAUUAUUAUUAUUCUUAUAUUUCUUUUUUAUAUUCUUUGAAUAUAUUGCAUCUAAGUAAAUUAAGUAUUUUGAAUAAUUAUCGUAAAACGCAAUACAAUUUUACUCAUGUAUAUAUCUGAAAAGUAUUACCUAUUAUGAUAUUUAAGGAAAUUAAAUCUUUAAAAAAAAUAUGAAGCAAACAAGAAUUGUUGCAACUGCCAUGCUGUGUGCCAUUAACGAGUCAUGUUUAUUGUAAUUUGCAUCUUCAUCUACCCAAGUUGUAUUCACUGUUGAACAAAAAAUUAUCUUCGAUAUCAUCAAUUCGUGUGUCCAACUAUUCAGCGAGGAAGUGCGAUCAUUCCCAAAAAUUCAAACGAAACAUUUCCGCGAAUAUCGAAUUUUAGAAACAAAAUCUAGUUCCUGUUUUUUCACUCUAUGCAUUAAUAGAAUUGCAUCACUUUAAAGAAAACUUGAAAUGGUUAUAACAUAAAUAAUUUAUGUAUGAAAUUCAGAAGAAAGAAAGACCGUGGAUUUCUCUAUAAAUAACUCAUUAUCUUCUACAGUUUCAUCAUUGAUACUCAGGCCCGUCAAUUCAUCUGAAUAUGUUUUUUAAAUGUAACAUUUUUGAAUUUUUGCAUCAACCCUACAGUAUAGUAGCUAUUGUACAAAACGGAUCUACAUAUUAAAGUAUUGAUUCAAAUACGUAAUAUACAGCCAAUUUUAGCUGUGCAAUUUUUCUUGCCGUUACAAUUAAAUUCACUCUAUUUGCAUCGAUAAUUUAAGCUUGCUUGAUGACAAGUUAAUACAAAAGAAUAGUCGAGUGUGUCUUUUUGAUUAAAUGAGAAAAUAAUUCGAGUGUUUGGUCGGUACACUGAGAGCAAUUCACGUGUUCUUCUUCAGCUUUUCUGCAUUUUACAUAAUUCAAAGACCUUUGCAAUGUUAAUAAAAAAUAUGCAAUGGCUCUACCAAACCUGAUAUACGUACUCAUUGUAUGAAAUAAUACCCCAUCACGGUUACUAAAUGCAGCAAUUUACAGCUGUAGCGAGUCAGAAGAUUUAAUAGCAAAUGUUAUAGAAUUAUUCAAUAGUUGAAUCUGUUAUUAAAAAGCAAAAGAAAUUGCGAUGAUCAUAGUUCCAAGCACAAUGAAGUAGAGGGCCAGGCACAAUAAAUUUGGCCGCCACAUUUAUAGAUCUAUUAGCAUUGGAUAGUAAAUAAUAAUAAACAUAUUGUCUGUUGUGGAUGAGGUUUAUUAUAGUAAUGAAAAUCCUAUUUCUCUGUGUACCUCUAUAUACAUAUACAUUAACGGGCCAAUGUAAACCAAUAAACCAUCAUCUUACGAAAGGUUGAUAAAUCAUGUUACCUGUUUACUUUUCGAAUGAUAAUCAAUAAUCGAUAUUGAUAAAUAAAAUUAAUCCGGAAAAUUCUAUAAGCAAAUAUCACACAGAAGUCAUAUUCUCAAUUGAAUAGAAUACAUUAAUUGAAAGAAAACAAAUAAUGUUUGCAUAUAUAAGUGAAAUAAUUGCGUUGUAAUAAAUCUUUGGAUAUCAAUUAUAUUACGAAUGUGCCACAUAUUUGAUUUGAGAUUGCAUGAUUGAUUGAUUUUCGAAUGAAUUUAAUGCGACAUAUCUUCUGGAGAUGUUAUUUUGAAACUUAACUGAUAACGUAAUUGUUAUUUUUUGACAAAAACAAGAUACACCUAAUUCUUCUACCGCAAAAUAUUAACAUAGUAAGCUCGUCGGUGGCAGAAGCACUUCAUAGUUUAAUAUGCUGUUAAUGAAAUUAAACAAAUAUUAGUAAAUAAACUUGAAAAGUGUAAACACGUAAUGCGAUAUGUGGUUUGUAGCGUAAAAUUGCGAUAUGUGGAGAUGUAAUUGUAAGUUUCAAACACUUUUGAGUGAGAAAUAGACACAUACUUUGCUGUAAGUAAUAAAAAGAGUAACUAUAUGGAGAA